CUUUUAAUUCAACAUUAAAUCUCUUUGAAACUAUUGUAAGUCCUAUUCUUAUGCUAUAUUUUCUCUUUUUAGUAUUUCUACUAGAAGAUUAAGGGAUGUCAGAAUACAUUGCUUUGAUUGCAGCCAUCACUUUUGGAUGGAUGCCUCCCUUGUUAAGUGAAGAUCACCGCGUACCAUGGUACAAAGAUACGAAAAAUAUCCCAUUACUUAAGCUCCAGGAAGUUGAGCGAGUCGACGGUUCGUCCUUCCAUCAAGACGUACAACAGGAGCUGAAUGAGUCUUCGUCUAGUACCAUACAAGCAAAUAUUCGACGAUUCGUUCGCGAAGUUCCAAAAAUUGAAGGUGGAGAAUGGACAACAAGCGAGACCAUUAACAAAGAAUUCGUUCAAGAGCUUAAGAAACGAAAAAUUAACGUUUAUCAACACGCCAACUCCAAGUAUAAAGACGUUGAACGUCUUUGCACCAAUGUCAAAGCAGCUAUCAGCGUUUAUCAUGACAUACGACAAGCAUAUGAGGAUCAAGGCGAAGAAGAACUCCUCAGGAACAUCGAACAGCUCCGACGACUUGUAAUCACUUCCAGACAACCUCCGCUACUUGGUAGAAGAUGAACCAAGUGAAAAACGGUACGCUUUGGACACAGAAACCAUGGAAAAAAUCCACAAAACAAGAUACGACCACGCCAUCUUGCAAAGCGCUACUUCUACAAAACGUGACGAUUAUGGGAG